GGAGGGUUUAGGCUGGGUGUGCGGAACACUCCCAUUUGCACUGACUAAUACCCUGUGUGGCUACAAGUCUAUCAUUCUCACAUUUCAGUCCUCACGGGGGAUCAAGCCUUUCCAGAAGUGCCUUUACAUAUGCUAAGGUGGGGGGAGGCCUGAGUGCUAGGGGGCAGGCGGCAACUAUCCUCAGCACAACGUGGGGCUACUAACUGCCAGCAAAUAUCCUCAGCACAACGUUUGGUUACUAACUGCCAGCAAAUAUCCUCAGCACAACGUGGGGCUACUAACUGCCAGCCUGUUCCUCCUGUGCCAACAAAGGACCGGAGCUGGAGGCAGCAGAAAGGGAAGAUAGAGUGGGAACAAGCAUCAUCCACCAAGCCCUCAUCCAAAAUAACUUGAAGAAUGGCUUCCAUCACCUGCAACAAUUCCUUUGCUGAUGUCCAGACUAAGUUUCUUGCUCCAAUGUAUGGAGUGGAGUUCGUGGUGUCCAUGAUUGGUAAUAGCCUUGCCAUCUGGCUCCUUGGGCCUGGGGGCUCAAAGAAUCCCCACGCAGGCAUCAUCUUCUCUCUGAACCUUGCAGUGAGCGACCUCUUCUAUUCCCUGUCCCUGCCACUGCUGGUGGCUUAUUAUAUCAUGAACAAGAACUGGGUGUUUGGUUCUGCCAUAUGCAAAGUGGAACGUUUCAUCUUCAACUGCAAUCUGUAUGGAAGUAUCUUCUUCAUCACCUGCAUCAGUGCCAACCGCUGCCUAGGAAUUGUCUUCCCAUUUUAUACCAGAGGUAGAGUGAAGAGCAAGCAUGCCAAGCUGGUCAGUGUGGGAAUAUGGGUGCUGGUAGCUUCCAUCUCUGCCCCUGUCUUCUUCUUCUCAAAGUUGCAAGGGGAACAUAACAAUACAGAAUGUAUAGGAACAGCGGUUCAUACUGAGCUGCCCUCUUACUUUCCUUAUAGCCUCUUCCUGGCUGGCUUUGGUUGUGCUCUUCCAUUCCUGAUCACCUUCUUGUCCUACAUUGGAAUAGCCAAGGCUGUAUGGAAAAGCCAUGGGUUAGAACCCCGUGAGAAAAGAAAAGUGGUGACUCUGGUGUGUGUGGUUGUGCUACUCUACACCAUCUCCUUUGUGCCCUAUCACAUUCUGAGGAAUCUCAACCUGAGGAAUCGCAUGGCUCCAUCAGAUUGCAAGUGGUCUCUAAAGAUUCAUUCUGCCUUCCAGGUGGCUAAAGCUCUUGUUUCUUUGAAUCCCUGUAUCCACCCGCUGCUCUACACAGCUGUGAUAGACAAUGUCAGGGCCAAACUUGGCUGCUACACGGAGAGCCAAGAUAUGAAGACCCAAGAAGAAACUAGACUUUCAACCCUAUGAAGUCCUAAUAAAAACAUGAUACAACACAGUGCCUAAAAUUAUAGACUGAAUAGAUGAAGAACAUGCGAGACCCAUUGUACAGAACAGGAAAGAGCUCUGCUGAAAUUGCAGAAGUUUCAGGACUCCAUUGGGAAAUGUCCUUCAGAACCCAAGGGCAGAACUGGAAGAGUUCAGUAACUGUCAAACGUUUACAAACUGGCAAAAGAGUAAAAACUCACAUGGACUAUAAUUUAUAAAUGUGUAUAUUAUCUAUAUUCGAAUGUGCUGCGUGUUAUUCUUUCUGUAGCUUUUUUUGAAUACUAUAGAAUUUUGUAUUUCCUUUAUGUCCUUGUAUCAAACUGGUCCUCUUGAUGUUUUCUUUGGAUAGAAAUUUACAUCUAAAAUUCAUUGCAACCAAUCACUUUGGGCCAUUGAUGAGCUGACCUUUUGGUGAGAUAUUUAAACCGUUCUGCGUGGCUUCCACCCAAAUUGUACAAAGAAUAUUCCAGGGUAAUAAAGAAGGAUGGGGAUCUUCUUACAUCUAAGGUCAACGUCCUUUUGGAUAAGAGGCGCCUAUAAAAUGCUCUUGCCACUAGGAUGAUAUUGUACCGGCCUGACCUGGCUGAGAAUAUUGAUGGUUGAUGUUAUUUAUUCGAAGGAGACAUCAAGACGACAUUAACCCAACUCUUAAGAACCCCUGGUCAUUCCCAACUAUCUGCUCCAAUUUCUUUCCUAGGACUCUCCAUCUCCUUUUCACAGUUGUGGUCAAGGCUGCUCACUUAGUUACUAAAUUCCCCCAAAAUAAAAACUGACAUUUUGGCCACGCCCUAUUCUGCUCAGUCACGCUCACCCAAAAAGCGUUGCAGACAUGUAUUUACAUAUAAGAUAUCUCUGCCCUUUUAGUCUGUUAAAGUGGACCUGAGACCCAGACAUAAACAGCUGUAUAAUGAAAGUCCUUUGCAAAUUAAACAUGAAAUCCAAGUUCUUUUUUUCAAUAAAACAUCCAUACUUGUUAUAAA